GGUACCGUCGGGGUGAGCAGAGCGUGGCUGUGGUGUGUUCAUCUAGUCCCCCUCUCUCCCUCACUCUGGGUAACUCGUUUACGUCCUCUGCCGUCGUCUGCUUCAACUUUUACCUGUUUUAUAUACCUCACAGUUCUACCACUACCCGAACUGUAGUACAAGAGUAUACCAAAGCCAAGUUACCAGUUACACUGAUAUAUUAAAGGCUGGAGUGGAAACUGUGUGUUGUGUUCCGUGUUUACCUGAGCCCAAUAUUACCGCGCGCGUGAUUUAACAAGGCCAACUUGGGGUACCUGUUGGUGGUGGUACACCUUGACUCCCUCACCUCACAGAUCUUGGAAGAAGAAGGCGCCUCUGCCCGUCUGUGUGUGGAGGAUGUGAUGCUGGCACAGACGUCUUGAUACAACAUAUAUGUGAGUGUGGAUGGCGGUGUGGCCGUGUUGGUGCCCCCGGGGUUGUGUGAGGGUCACACACGGGCUGGCUACCACCACUCCCACCACCACCGCUACUACCACUAUCAACUCGCCACAACCACCAUCUGCAGCAGUAAGUGACAUCUCUCCCCCCCCACCCUCUCAACCACCACCGCCUUAACUCAGCUUCCCGGACGUCUUCUACAGCGCCUCCGUCACCAGGGGUCUAGUGCUGUACCCCCGCCGCUACUGUAGUGCACCAGUGCCUCUCUUAAGCUAGUGCUCCUGUAAGCCAGUGCCUGUCCGCCCCUACUAGUGGUACUCCUACUCACCCGACGACGCAGCUUCCACCAUGGUUCGUGCUUCCACUAGAUCCACUCUCAAGAGGGAGACUGAGCGUCGGAUCAUGGCCAAUAAUCCUGAGUUCAACGCACAGUUCAACUAUGCUAAAAACUUCAUUAAGACGUCAAAGUACACGUUACUAAACUUUGUACCAUACAACUUGUUCGAGCAGUUCCAGCGCCUCGCAAACUUCUACUUCUUGUGUUUGUUGGUUCUCCAGCUCAUCCCAGUCAUCUCUUCUCUCUCACCCAUCACAACAGCCGUUCCCCUCAUUGGGGUGCUCACAGUCACGGCAGUCAAAGAUGCCUAUGAUGAUUAUCAACGCCACCGGAGCGACAGCCAAGUCAACCGGAGAAAAUCAUCUGUUUUAAGAAACGGCCAACUAGUUGAAGAGUAUUGGAGUAAGGUAGUGGUAGGAGACGUAAUUCGUAUGGAGAAUGACCAAUUUGUGGCAGCAGACGUGCUGCUUAUUUCUACGUCUGAACCAAACGGCCUCUGUUAUAUUGAAACAUCAGAGCUUGACGGAGAAACAAACCUUAAAUGUAAGCAGUGUCUGCCAGAGACAGAAGACUUGGGACAGGAUGACAGUCUUAUUGGAGUGUUCCGAGGGGAGAUACGCUGUGAACCUCCAAAUAAUCAACUCAACAAGUUUGAUGGAGCCCUACACUGGGAGGGCAAUAUACAUCCACUGGAUAAUGACAAAAUCCUUCUAAGAGGCUGCAUACUGCGCAACACACAGUGGUGCUAUGGAGUGGUUGUAUUUGCUGGCAAAGAUACUAAACUUAUGAUGAAUUCCGGAAAAACAAAGUUCAAACGCACAAGCAUUGAUAGAUUGUUGAAUUUCAUUAUUUUAGGGAUUGUAUUUUUUCUUCUAUCCAUGUGCCUGUUUUGCACAGUGGCCUGUGGUAUAUGGGAGACACUCACAGGACAGUACUUCAGAGUGUACUUGCCGUGGGACAACCUCAUACCAACAGACCCUGCAGGUGGUGCGACUGUGAUAGCGCUUCUUGUGUUCUUCUCUUACGCUAUUGUCCUCAACACCGUGGUGCCUAUUUCACUAUAUGUUAGUGUGGAAGUGAUUCGAUUGUGGCAGAGCUUUUUGAUCAACUGGGAUGAUGCCAUGUGCUACAUACCAAGUGGCACCCACGCCAAAGCCCGUACAACUACUCUCAAUGAAGAGCUGGGACAGAUAGAGUAUAUAUUCUCUGACAAGACUGGAACCCUCACACAGAACAUUAUGGCAUUCAACAAAUGUACUAUAGCCGGGCGAAGCUUUGGGGAGGUUAUUGAUCCCAGAACAGGUGACCUCUUAGAGAUCAAUGAGUCGGGGACUUGGGUCAGAAAGAAAAAAAGGAAGCGGUCACAUAGGCAAGAUGUGGGUUUGAGGAACUACACGGAAGAAGAUGCAGAUGAAACUCAGGUUGUUCUGCUUAGUGCCGAGGCUAGUUCAGACGCCGACACGUGGGUGGAGCUGCAGACGUUGAAACACAAUAAUGAUUCAGAGUUUAGUGACAAUGCUUACAACACAAAUUCAGGGCAUUGUUACUCUGAUAGUUUACCGAACCUGUCGUCUUCCACGCACGAGCUCGACAGUCUACCACCAUUGUCAAGAACAGUAGACUUGUCUCGUAACCCUUACCAUGAGCCCAGCUUCAAAUUCUACGAUCACAGUCUGGUGGAUGCACUGGAUGCCGGUGAUCGUGAUUGUGAAGCCUUCUUUCGUCUGCUGGCUCUAUGUCACACUGUCAUGCCAGAAGAGAAAAACGGGAAACUAGAGUAUCAAGCGCAGUCCCCUGAUGAAGGCGCCUUAGUCUCUGCCGCAAGAAAUUUUGGCUUCGUCUUCAAGUCUCGCACACCAAAUAGUAUUACUAUCUUUGCUAAGGAGGUUCAAGAAACUUAUGAAUUGUUGUGCAUUCUGGACUUUAAUAAUGUUCGGAAAAGAAUGUCGGUCAUCCUUAAAAAAGACGGUAGGAUCCGUCUCUACUGUAAAGGUGCCGAUUCUAUUAUCUACGAGAGAUUAAAAAGUGGGCAGGAGAGUUUAAAACACCAUACUCAGGAACACUUAGAUAGUUUUGCUGGAGAGGGUCUACGAACUUUGUGCCUUGCAUACAAGGAUUUAGAGGAGGAUUACUUCCAGGAUUGGAAGAGCCGUCACCAUGAGGCUGCAAUAUCUUUAGAGUCAAGAGAAGAAAAGCUGGAUGCUAUAUAUGAAGAAGUAGAGAAAGAUCUUAUACUUUUAGGAGCAACUGCCAUUGAAGAUAAGCUUCAAGAUGGUGUACCACAAACUAUAGCCAACUUGGCCAUGGCCGGCAUCAAGAUUUGGGUACUCACUGGUGAUAAACAAGAAACAGCCAUUAACAUUGGAUAUUCAUGUCAGUUGCUGACUGAUGAAAUGGUGAAUAUAUUCAUCAUUGAUGCUCAAAGUGCCUCGGAAGUUGAAGAGCAGUUGCAAAAAUUUCGUGAAGAUAUCAGGAAUGUGUCAGCCACCAUUCAUCCACAAACCAACCUAUCUGUGGUGACCUUUAGUGUUUACAGCGAUGACGAUGCUGGACGUGAUAACCUGAGCGAUGCAGGUGAACCAAACGGAGGCUUCGCUCUCGUCAUCAACGGACACUCUCUCGUGUUCGCUCUAAAUGCCAAUUAUGAGAGACUGUUCUUAGAGGUUGCGAGUCACUGUAAGGCAGUUAUCUGCUGUCGGGUCACACCACUACAGAAGGCCAUGGUGGUGGACUUAGUGAAGCGCUACAAGAAGGCUGUAACACUGGCUGUUGGGGAUGGUGCUAAUGAUGUGUCCAUGAUUAAAACUGCACAUAUUGGUGUUGGGAUCUCUGGUCAAGAAGGUUUACAGGCAGUACUGGCAUCAGAUUAUUCUGUGGCUCAGUUCAAGUUCCUAGAGCGACUCCUACUAGUACACGGCCGCUGGUCGUACUACCGCAUGUGCAAGUUCCUCAGAUAUUUCUUCUACAAGAAUUUUGCAUUUACGUUAUGUCACUUUUGGUUUGCCUUCUUUGUGGCAUUCUCAGCUCAGACACUGUUUGACCCCAUGUUUAUAUCGGUGUAUAACCUCUUCUACACGUCAAUGCCCGUCCUGGCUCUGGGUAUCUUCGAACAAGACGUUAAUGCUAAGAACAGUAUCAAAUACCCAAAGCUGUACACUCCAGGCCUCAAGAAUGCUUUGUUCAAUAAGAGAGAAUUCUUCAGGUCUGCAGUUCAUGGAUUUGUCACUUCUUGUGUCCUGUUCUUCAUACCAUUUGGGGCAUACUAUAAUGGUAUGGAUCAGGAGGGGCGGAGCAUGACAGACCAGCAGACGUUUGGUAGUGUUGUAGCGACCAUUCUCGUCAUUGUGGUCACUAUGCAGAUUUGUUUGGAUACAUCGUAUUGGACGUUUUUUAACCAUGUUACUAUAUGGGGCUCACUUAUUUUAUACUUGCUCCUUCAGUAUUUUUACAACUAUGUCCUUGGUGGAGAUUAUGUUGGAGCUCUAUCAAAGGCAAUGGGAGAACCAAUGUUCUACUUCACCUCGUUAUUGACUAUUGUAAUAUUAAUGCUGCCGAUAAUGGCUUGGCGCUUCUACUGGGUUGACGUUGCUCCAAAUCUUUCGGAUAAAGUGAGAUUUAAACAACGUCAUGAUGCAAAGAUGGCCAGUAAGCGUACCGAGCAUGAUAUGCAUCGUACCCCAUCUGCUAGAAGAUCACGACGCUCCAUCCGUUCUGGUUAUGCCUUUGCUCACCAAGAAGGCUUUGGACGCCUUAUCACAAGUGGCAAAAUCAUGCGUCCCAGAAAUCCAAAGCCUGGCAAUGUGUCCAAUGGCAGAGCCGCAAGCCUUCGUCCAGAUGCCAACAAAGGUCCAGUAGCGGCACCAGCACCUUCAACAGUGGAAGUGUAAAAGUUAUUUUGUACUUAUUUACCGUGUUGUUCUUUUUAAAGAACGUGACAUUUUUAUUGCUUUUUACAACUUAGGGGAUACCCUAUAUUUAUUUUCGAUAAAACAAUGGUGCCAAUAGUUUUAUUCUUGUGGUUGGAAAAUGUUUUUGAUGUUAUUAUUUAAUUUUUAAUUGAGAUUUAUUUUCAUAAUUGCUUGUGAUUUAUAUAAUAGAAAUGGAAGUGUAAUAUAUAUAAGUGGUAACAAGUGGUACACCAUAUACUGUAUGUGAACUUCCAGCAAGAGAAGAUGUGGCUGAAGCUUUGCAUAUUUCCUAUAAUGUUGAAAACUGUGAACUCGUACGUUUAAUGUUUCCAAUGUGUUGUAAUCUUGUUGUUGCCUUUGCACCCCUUCAAUAUAUGGUUGAGGUGCCUCUCAUAAGUGUACUUAUAAUAGAUUUCUCAGGUUUUUCCCUUAAUUCAUCAUCAGAUUUAAUUUUAUUUAAUUCCAGGCAAAAGAACAAGGGGUGAUAAUGAUUACAAUUGUAUUUAUAUGUUUGUCUCUGAAGUUAAAUUCAGAUGUUGGCUUUAUUCAACAGUUUUUAAUACUUGUGAUUUCCUAACCAUCUACAGUGGUCCCUUGGUUAACGAACGCCUCGGUUAACGAAAUUUCGGUUAACGAAUUACCUUCCAUAAGAAUUUUCAAUUCGGUUAACAAAAAAAAUUUGAU